UGCAUAGUUAGUAUGCAAAACCAACCUGCAAACACGACGCUGACCUGAUUUGAAAAACCUCGUGACAGCGUCCCGGGCUUAGCCGAGACGACUUUUGCGUCGCAGCUGAAACAGUUGGGAGGAAAUGCCGCCUCGGCGGGGGAACGCGGCCGCGGGGGCGCGCGCAACGCAGGAGGCUCAGGGAGCCGACGAGGCAGGGCCCAGUAACAGGAUACCCGAGUUCGUCACGUUUGCGCUCAUACAAGCCAUUAUGGCUGAUGGGUACAAGAAGGAGCAGGAGGUGAAGGUCAUCGUGCGCAGGCUACUAAACAAGACCAGUGAUGACUCGUACAUGCAAGUCCUCAGCAAGAUUCAAAAUGACAUUCAAUGGCUAGAAAUGAAUAUCGAACGCAUCAAGCUGCCGAUGAACAACGAGUGGUACCUCUGCUUGGUCAACAAGGACGCUGACGAGGCGGCCAAGCAGAUGGGCAGCUGCUUCACCAUCGACCAGCUGGCCUACUUCCGCGCUGUGGUCGAGAAGAUCGGGACGCACCCGCCGAGCGGCGAUGCGCUGAUUGCGGACGUGAACAGCAUGGUGCUCAAGAACGUGGUGCCCAUGCCCGCCUCGGCGGCAGCGGCUGGAUCUGCCGGCGAGCCGGCCACGCAGCCGGCGGCGGCCCACGCGCAGAAGUCCAAGUUGUCGGUGGUGGAGCGCGAGGAGACGUUGCACAAGCUGGCGAGCCAGGGUUGGCUGUUCAUGGCGCGCGAGGGCUACUACACGCUGGGGCCGCGCACGCUGCUGGAGAUGAAGAGCCUGGUCCUAUCCACGCUGUCGGACGAGGCGGCGCGGCGCCUGGAAAACGACUACAUGUAGCUAAUGUCUUUGACGGGACUGGUAUAGCGGAGCGCUAACUAUGCAUGGCAUGUAAGGAGGUGGCGGAUUGCCUGGUAGUGCAGUGCGCUGAAGGGGGCCCAGAGGUUGGGCAUGAAAGCGGAUACUGGUUGCUUGAGCGGAAGGUAGUAAGCGACGUGCCCGCAACGCGGCACAGUAUGCACACAUAAAUGUCCAAGCUCGGUGCGUUUGGACUGGUUGGGGUGCCAGGCGGCGCAUGUGUUCAGGCCGAGGGACUCUGGACGUUCAGUCAUGCCCUCACGGCCCCCGGCUACGGAAUUAUCAGUCAUACGGAACGAGGGGGGAUACUUGUUAAUGCAGCGCAUGCAGUCCUACGGACUUUGCAGUGAAGCUAUGUUUGGCGCUUUGACUCCAACCGUAACCAUAACCGACCUGCAUGUGCAUAUCUGCUUUACUGGGGCCUGGGGAGAUAGGUUGGGGCUCGACUGGUUGGCAGUCUUCCCAGAAUCCCACCCCACAUCCCAUUUGGUAAGGGUUGGUACCUUGGGUGUUCGGCGACAGCUAGGGCCCGGAAAGGGAUGGGAUUGGCAAGAACGCCCCACUGAGAAGGACGACUCCUUUGACCAAAUUCCUUAAAAUGAAUGCGGAUGUUACUUAAUAUGGG